AUGCGCCAGAAGCCGAUGAGCCGAUACGAGCCGCACUGGGCGUGCGCCGACAAGCGAAGCGCGGGGUGCGGCGUCCUCGUCAAGAAGCACAUUCCGGUGAAGAGCGCAUCGCGGUCGCUGACGCGUCGCGCGGGCGAAGCGUCGCAGCACCCGGAGGGGAGGGUUCUGUUUCUGGAGUUCGAGAACGUCACGCUUCUCAACGUGUACGCGCAGAACAACGGGUGGAAGCCGGAGAGCAUGGCGAAGCGGCGACGAUGGGACGCGGAGCUGAAGACGUUUUUAACAAACGACGACGACGACGACGACGACGACGACGACGACGACGACGCACAGCUGUGCGCGGCUUCGAAAGACGCGACGACUUCAAACGACGCGACGUCGAAGACGAACGCGUCUUCUCUCCGCCCGCGACGGCCGACGCGCGCGGACGGGAAAGGCCUGAAACCGAUCGUGUGGACCGGGGACCUGAACGCGUGCCACACCGAACGCGACGUCACGCACCCGGAGUUUUUCGCGCUCCAAAAGCCGGAGGGAAAGAAGGGCGCGCCGCCGCCGGAGACGCCGCCGGACGUCGACGACCGCGGCCAGCCCGGGUUCACGAACAACGAGCGGCGGCGCUUCCACGACAUCGUGACGUCCGCGAAGCUCGUGGACGUGUACCGCCAUCUGCACGGCGACGCGCGGAGGGCGUGCACGUGGUACGGGCACCCGGGCGUCGUCGCGACAGGGAGAUACAAGGGCAGAGGCAUGCGGCUGGAUUACUUCUUCGUGUCGGACGGGCUGGAGCGCGCCGCGGUCGAGUGCGCGCAAGCCACGGACGCGUACUCGGACAAGCCGGCGGCGCUGGAGCAGAGACCGGACGACGCGUUCUUCGGGUCCGAUCACUGCGGCGUGUAUUUGAAACUGAAAGACCACGCGUUUCAGGGGGGCGGAGAGGAGGAGGACGCGAAGGCGGGAGUCGCGGGGUGGCUCGCCGCCGCGGAGGCGAAGGCGACGGCGGCGGCGAAGGACGCGGAGGACGUGAGGGCGCCGCCGCCGGCGGCGGCGGGCGAGGCGGCGGGCGAGGCGGGGGCGAACGCGGAGGCGUCGACCGCGGCGCUCGAGGCGGCGGAGCGGCGCGCGUCCGACGCGGAGCAGAGCGCGUCCGACGCGGCUAAGAGAGCGAAGGAGGCGAGCGCCGAGGCGGACGCCGCGAGUGCCGCGUCGGCGUCGGCGAAGGAGAUGACGUCCGAGGAGCUCGACGCGAAGAUCGCCGAGCUGGACGCGAAGCUGACGGCGGCAAAGCAGAACACGUCGGCGUCGGAGAAGUGGAAAGAGAUGGAUGACGAAGCUCAGAGAGAGCUCGACAGAGUGUUUGAAGACAUGUUUGAGAGAGAGCUCGACAUGGGGAGAGAGCUCGAGAGAGUGCUUGAAGACAUGUUAGAGAGAGCGCUUGAAGACGAGAUCGACAGAGCGGCUGAGAGAGGCGACGAGAUGGCUGUGAAAUUGCAGAAGAAAGGCCAUAGCGAAGCUGAAGGACAUGAAGGAGGAAAAGGACUUGCUUGA